AUAUAUGUGAUGUUGUGAGCCGCCCAAACCAAAAACCAGUCUUGAAACGGCAAUUGUUGGUAUCACAUGGAACACGAGUUCUUAUUUAUCUCUUUCUUCACACAAUAAGUCCAAGUUUUCAUUUUUUCUCUCUCUAUCAUCUCCAUAUUCAUAGCAAUUUGUUACCCAAUUCCAGUUAACCUCUCUAGAGUAAGAAUUGAUUGCUAAUUUGUCUGAAAAUGAGUGAUAAGUUUGGUUUGAACGAGGAUGACAAGAGAUUGGCAAGAACUGUUCUUGGGAUGGAGGGUUUCGAGUAUUUAGCUGCUUCAGCUUCAUCUAAUCUUUUGUUAGAGUUUGCAUCCCCUGCCGCCGGAGAUUUAGGUGUUCAGCCUAGGCUUGGUAAGAUUGUUGAAGGAUCUCCUUGGACUUACGCCAUUUUCUGGCAAGUUUCAAGGUCGAAAUCUGGCAAUUCCGCGUUGAUUUGGGGAGAUGGGAUUUGUAGAGAUUCUUCGUCGUCCAACGGAGGAGGUGAAAUUGGAGAUCUGAAUCAUCGAAGGAGACAGGUUCUUCAGAAGUUACAGAUUUGCUUUGGAGGUGGAGGGGGAGGAAGACAAGAUAAUAAUAAUAAUAAUAGAUCUGUACUGGGUUUUGAUUCUGUUUCGGAUUUGCAGAUGUUCUAUUUGAUUUCCAUGUAUUAUUGUUUUCCAUUCGACAAACCAUCGAUUCCUUCUCAAUCGUUUAAUACUGGUCGACCCAUUUGGGUUUCUGAUCUUAAGGGUUGUUUAGAACAUUAUCAAACCAGAUCAUUCUUAGCCAAGAUGGCCCAGUUUCAGACCGUGGCUUUCGUUCCUGUCAAAUCGGGUGUCGUUGAAUUGGGUUGUUCGAUGAGAUCAUUUCCAGAAGAUCAGAGUAUCAUUCAAUUGGUUAAAUCUCAAUUCAAAGCUUAUCACGCCGCACAAGGAAAAGCUUCACCGAGGAUAUUCGGACAAGAUCUCACCCUUGGGAAAUCAAUACUUCCGACCACGAUCAGCUUUUCGCCUAAGGUAGAAGACGACUCUGUUUUCUCGCCGGAGAUCGGUACCGGGGUAGUAGAUCACGGGCAGGACGAGUUAUCGUCGUCUUUACUCCAUCCAGACGAUAGGAAGCCAAGGAAAAGAGGAAGGAAACCUGCAAACGGAAGAGAUGAACCGCUGAAUCACGUUGAAGCAGAGAGACAGAGGAGAGAAAAGCUUAAUCAGAGAUUCUAUGCUUUGAGAGCUGUUGUUCCGAAUAUUUCGAAAAUGGAUAAAGCUUCUUUGUUGGGUGAUGCAAUUACCCAUAUAACAGAUCUGCAGAAGAAGAUAAUGAAUCUGGAAACAGGUAAACAGAGCAACAAUGGUGGUGUUGGUGUUGGUCCUGAAAUUGAUUUUCAAGCUAGGGAAGAAGAUGCAGUUGUGAGAGUGAAUUGUGCUUUGGAUUCUCAUCCUGCUUCAAGGGUGAUUAGGGUUUUUAGAGAACAUCAAGUGGCGGCGAAUGAUUCUGAUGUUUCUGUGACGGAGAAUGGUGAGGUUGUUCAUACGUUUACUAUACGUGCUCCUUCUGGUUUAGCUGAAAGCUUGAAGGAGAAGAUCACUGAUGCUCUUUCUUGAUCAUUUUUCAUUUUAAUCCUCCUCUGUUUUUGGAACUUCAUCUUCAUAUAUGAUCAUGAUUGUUUUUUAUAAUAUUUAGGUUUUGGUACAUACAUGAUUUGGGAA